ACGACAUGUGUCAGGGACAUACUUUCUAUUCAGUCAUAUACAUCAGGCGAAAUUCAACGUGUUGAGCUCUCUGAAAAGAAACGUUUGGAAACAGAGGAAAAUCAUAUAAAUUUUGGUAUCCUUUUCUUAAUUUUCGGCAUUCGUCGGCAUUAUCCCUUCUUCUUGUGACUUUAGUUUGUCAAUAACCAAACGAAAUCGGACAUUAACCGAGGAAGGUUCAAUACUAUCGCAGAGAGCUCCAAGAAUUAAAACAAACAGACAAAGGCCAGGCAAUCGGAGAAAGAGAUCUAUAUAUAUUUUUAUGUAAAUGCAAAAGAACUCGAGGGAAUAUAGAAAUUUAUAAAAUUUCUUGUGAGUAAAUUCCACCACUGACGACAAUGAGCACAUUGUUGCGUCCAGAUCAAAGUCACGAGAAGAGGGGCAGCAACAGCAGCCUCACGAUUCCUGGACGUCCGCCGGACCGGCAAAAGCCAUUGAACCUGUUGGGAAAAACACUGCCCAUACCUGUUGCAACACCGCCAGAGUUGCGCACACGCCGCCAAUUCGUUUUUAAUGGCAUGCGGUAUGAGACCAAUGGUUUGUGGCCCUCAACACAGCAGCAGCAACAGAAGCAGCAACAGCUGCAACAGCAGCAACAUCGGCAGCAGCAGCAAUAUCAACAACAACAGCAGAAGCAGCGGCAACAGCAACGACAGGAGCCCCUUUUUAGGAUGUCAGGUGGUGCUAACGGAUCCGGCGGAGGUCAUUUUGCCUCUCGAGAGCAACGGAUGCGGGGUGGCACCAAUACCAUCAAUAGCACCAUCAUUGACACCAUGGGUACCUAUGAGAAUGCUGGCGGUGAUAAUGGUCUACGUUUAGAUCAAAAGAAGACGGUUCCGCCCAAAAGAUUGAACCGUGACACCGCUUUGCCGAUAAAUAGCAGCGCAAGAAUGCCAGUGAUCACGUUGAACAGGUGCAGCAGUGAGAUGCAAAUGAAGUCAUCGGCCAGGACAAAGUAUAUGCCAGCAGGCGUAGCUGAAGCGGGAACACGAUUAUCGAAAGCUGUCAAAUAUUCCAGUCGAACGAAAGUCCAAGAGGAGUUGGACGAUGAAGUGUAUCCGGAUCAAGAUGAGGAACAUUUGGGCAAGGUUCGAAAGCGAUACCCCAGCAACCAGCAGCCGAGUACUCCAAAGCCUCCCAUCGAGGAGUAUGGUGCCAAGCAACGCUUGAUGUUUGCCCAAUCGAUGAUGAAGGAAGCUCGCAAUGGAAGUGGCAGCGGAGGCGGCACUCUCAUUGACCAGCAUCCGCCGUCCAUGGUCAUCCCGGGCAUCGGCGGUGCAAUGCCCUCCAAGAUGGACUACAUAACGUUGGCCGGCCUGGUCCUUGGCUGCAUUGCCUCGCAUGCCCUCUACUUCCUUUGCUGGUACUUCAGUUGGCUGAAGAAUCAGGUGGUGGGUCUGCGGAAGCGCUUUCUCGGUCACGCGAAUCUCUGGGAUUUCUUCGACCUGGACGACACUUCUCGAUAUUCGGUGCAGACGAAGCUGCUCCUGGUCCCGCUGAUCAUUGCCGGUGCGUUGCUCUACUGCGUGGUCAACAUGCUGCACAUGCUGGUCCAAGUGGUGCGCUCGGAUGUGCCGCGCACAGUGGUUGUGUUUGUGCAGCGAGUGGUGAACAGUGGACUCCUGGGCACCAUCACCAUGGGCCUGGGUGGCGGUGGCGUUGGUGCAUUCAGGCGGCCUCAAUAGCGUCUGAAUUCCGAGGCGCCAUCCAUCGUGUCUAUUCCCGAUCUAUAUCAAAAGCAACUCCAAGGGUCGGUUGGCGGCUUCAAAAAAUCAAUAAAA